GUCAUCUCGUACGUCUAGGUACGCAUCCAGGACAUCUCGUACGUCUAGGUAUUUCGUCGUGCUCAGAGUUCGCGGUCGUACGAAGAACCGUUGUCGUGUUGUCGUGCUGUACACCGUGAUAUCAUGGGGACGGCUCUGUAACAUUCCGAAAAGGGCGUUAGUGUCGUGUGAAGCCGCGUAGUGAUUCAUAGGAAGCAGUUUUGCAUAUAACUUUAUUUCGUUUCUGAAGAUUCAGAGAAUACUUAAUUUCAAUACCAAUCUAUCGAUUUUAAUUUCCAACUCAACAGUUGUUCCAAUUUUUUUCUCCUUGUGGGAGGCCGGUUUUGAGUUUGACUCACGAAGCAGGUGGAAGAAGUUUAGUAAAGACUGCGAAGAGGUAGAACCACCCGCAGAAAGCACCUUUUCAAGGCAAUCUUUCUGCGCACCGAGAAUAAACAGCACAUUCGUUCGAGCACGAAAGAAACAUCAAGAAACCGCAGCAAAAUGAUGAAGAAAAUUGCUGCUGUCACCGCGGCAGCCCCCUUGGCGGGGGGAGGGGCGUUCGCCUCCGCGUUGCAGAAGAACGGAGGAACCACCACGCACUCCUGGGAGGGCAGCGAAGCGGGUGCGUCCGGUUUCAUCCAGCAUGACCGCAAGCGAGUUGACCAAGACGCUAAGAAGGUGAAAGCCGGGAAGAAGGCGGGGGAAAAGGCCGGGGCGAAAGCCGGGGCGAAGGCCGGGACGAAGGUGGGGGGGAAGGCGGGAAAGAAGGCCCGAUGGACCGGAGAAUCUCUCGGCUGUAUAACUUACAUCUGAUUUUUUUUUUGUUUGAGUGCGAAAACUUGCCAGCAGCGUCGGGGGGAGGUAUUCGUGCAAGCUAAGACCCCGGAAUCAUCGAACAUUUCUCGUUGUAGCGCUAGCAGACGAGGAGCGUCGCUCUUCGCAAAACCAACGAAUGUGUAUAAUGAAAACGCAAAUAUAAUAGACAAGGAAGAACAACGCACAUGAAAGAACACCGAUGACGGGUGUUUGAAUCGACGACAUCAGGCUUGUUUUCCCAUCUUAAUUUACGCGAAGCGCAAGUGCCUGAAUGGACAACUGAUGUUACGCAAUGCGCUUAAGGAUCGUAAGCGGAAGAACCUUUCGAAAUUCAUCCCGAAAUUUGUUGCUCACCAUUCAAAAGAGCGGGCGACAUUGCUACUACUACUACUACUCCUACUACUACUACUACUACUACUACUACUACUACUACGGGGCCGGUCCAGGAGCAAGGCGAAACCAUAACUGGGAGCCCUAGUGCUGUAGAAAAUUUUUAUCGGGCAGUGUACCCUAUACUCAACUACGGCAACCCCAUACCCUUCCCAAACCCAGACGCAGUGGCCGAGGCGGCCGGUUAACUCAGGCGGGUACUUAAGGCGCCAGUGAAGACGUUCACAAGUACCAGCAGACCACCAGAACGCGUACAAACGAAUACAACUCGCUCGCUCUGACAAGAGAACGUCGAUGCUCAGAAGCAAAAAGCGGAAAGAGCAAGAAGUACUUGACUACAUGGUCGUUCGUUGUUACUUACUUCCUUUUUCAUGGCAUAUUAAUUUACCUCUGUUACUACCUUUUUCACUUUCUGAAACAACUGCAUAACCUGCAGUGCGUAAAAGAGGCAGCUGAAUACAAUGUUUCUUUGCUUCGAGUGGACUACAGACGACCUCGUCGUCCAUGUCCGUGUCGUGGUAUCGAAAAGAAUUUUAUCGUGCCAUUUUUGCCCCAGCCUACCCCCCUCUUUGGAAUAGCAAAAAGCAAAAGCUUCUCCAUAUUCAUAUUCGUUUUUGAUUGUGGCUCUGGCUUCCCGGCCUCACGAUCACCAGCAGCUCAAGAGAUUGACACCAACAAGGUUUUUUCCACCCUGACAGAAAAGGGUAAACUGCUGCCGGAAUAAAGGAUAAGUGGAAGUAUAAGUAUUUAUUUCACCCCUUAGCCGACAUCACAUCAACGUCAACCGGUAGUGCUAUGCUUGUUACUUGUCCUCUUCAUCGGCGCAAAGUGUGUGCUGAUGACGUACUGCAGAUGGUGACACAUUAGCAUUUUUCUGGGAAUGUAUUGUUGGAGAAAAAAAAAGUGCCGUUUUAGUUUUUUCGCGGCCUUUGGUGCAAC